UAUAACCAGUGCUCUUGCCGUCUCUAUCUCUCGAUUCAGACCGCCAAGCAUCGAGAAUCCAGCAGAGCUAUCAUUCUGAGCAGCCGAUCACCGGCCGGCCCCCGUUCGAUUUUCAUUUUCGGCCGCCACUAGACGUCAAGACCGCACCACUUAGCUGGAACAUUACGCCACAAGUAUAUAUCUGGCCUAUCUCUGCUCAGUCUGCGAAUAGAAAGCAUCUUUUUCAGCCGUUGUACUUGGCUUAUCUAAUCCAGUUGUUCUUUACGAAAGGAAGGACUAGCAGCUCGAAGUUCAUUAUACGCACCUCCACGUUUGGUUUUGGACGUAUUCAAGCUCAGCGGCCACCAUUGUGUUCAUUACACAAACUCAGUCAGAAGGGAGGAACCGCUCUCUGUCGAAUUGAGAGAGAGAAUGUCGCCAUUACUACCGACGCACUCGGGAGCUUCGGCCCCUCAAAAUGAACCAACACUUCCUUCGCCGUCCCAUAGCGUCUCAACGAGAGUAGGCGAUGAAGAGAAAGUAAGACGCUCUGAAGGUUCAGAGGGCGAAGAUCGAAUAAAUUUAGACUCAAACAACUAUGAGGAGAAGGGUGUGAAGGAAAUAGAAGAAGGAGGGGACAAGAAGCAGGUUAUGGCUGUUUUUGAUCAGAAGAAUGGCAAAGAGCUUGAAAAGCCCAUUGAAGAGGGGCCGUUUACGCAACCGCGAUGGCGACAUUCACUCCCAUUCGCUAAGCCAAAGCACCCUCCACCACCACCUCCACUUUCUUUGGACGACGCCCCUGUCACACCAGAGGUUUCUGCCAACUUCUUUAAUCUCCUCUUCUUUAAUUGGAUCAGCCCUAUGAUGGCUCUCGGAUCAGCUCGACCUUUACAAGAUGCUGAUCUUUGGAAGAUGGACGCCGCCCGAGGUGCUAAACCUCUUUCCGAGAAGCUUCUCGCAUCCUAUGCGGCUCGAACAAAGAAAGCCAAUGAAUACAAUGCUAGGCUCGCUGACCCCAACACGCCAUUGCCCUUAUCAAGACGGAUUAUUUACUCUGUUUUGCCUCAUCGCGAACAAAGAGAGAAGGAUUAUAGGGAAAAGCACGGAAAGAAACAUGCUUCACUCGUCAUGUCGCUCCUGGAUGUCUUUGGCUGGUUCUUCAUGUCGGCAGGUUUCAUUAAAGUGUUUGGAGAUACAUGUCAAGCCGUAACACCAUUAGUCAUCCGAACACUUAUUAAUUGGUCUACUGAAUACCAGGCCGCCAAGAACGCUGGCCGCGAUCUGCCUUCUAGAGGCCCUGGUAUUGGUGCUGCUAUUGGGUUGCUUCUUUUGCUCAUCUGCUCAAGUUUGGGUAUGCAUCACUACUUCAUCAGAUCCAUGGGUACUGGUGUUCUUUCUCGAGCUGCGAUCAUCUCCGCAGUGUAUCAACAAGCUCUUCAGUUCACCCAGAAGUCUCGAGGGCAGAUUCCUAACGGCAAAUUGGUCAACCACAUCUCAACCGAUACCUCUCGAAUUGACUUUGCUGCCGGUUUUGCCCAUAUGCUUUGGACUGCUCCUGUUCAGAUGGUUGUCAUCAUUAUCAUUUUGAUCGUACAGAUUGGGUAUUCGGCUCUUCCCGGUAUUGCCUUCUUGUUGAUCAUGACUCCUCUUCAAGCUCGAUUUAUGAAAACUCUUUUCAUGUUCCGUAAAAAGGCCGCGACAUGGACAGACAAAAGAGCAAAACUCCUUCAGGAAAUCCUUGGUGGUAUGCGUAUCGUCAAGUAUAUGGCUUGGGAGAAGCCUUUACUCGAACGUAUUCAUGCCAUUCGUGGUAUGGAGCUCAAGUACAUUCGUUUGCUUCUGGUCUUCCGAUCUGGUAUGACUGCCAUCGCCAUGUCCCUUCCUAUCCUUGCUGCCAUUCUCUCCUUCAUCACCUACUCGCUUACUUCCCACUCACUCGAGGCUGCCAAAAUCUUCACUGUCAUCACUCUCUUCAACCUUAUGCGAAUGCCUCUCAUGAUGUGGCCUAUGACGCUAAGUUCCACAGCUGACGCUCUCAAUGCUUUGGGUCGACUGGAAGCUGUAUUUGAUGCUGAACUAGUGAAAGAGGAAAAAAAGGUGGACCCCUCCAUGGAUGUCGCCAUCAAGUUGGAGAAUGCUUCAUUCACCUGGGAUUCUGCGCCUAUCGAGGAGGACAAUAUGAUGUCAAAGCUCACCGGAAAGUAUGCCAAGGCCCUCAAUGGCGGUAAGCCUGUAGGACCUCCAGGCAAAAAGGAGAAAAAGAACAAGCCUAAGAAGGUGACUGUGGCGGAGGAAAUUCAGGCUGAAACUGCUGCUGGUCAACCUGGCGCAGGCGAAGCUAGCGCAGAAGGCCAAGGUCAGGAGAACCCUUCAGCACCCCCCGGCAUAGAUGAGGGAAUCAGUGAGAAGAAGGAAAUGAAAAUCUUCCAGCUUCUUGACAUCAACCUCAGCAUUCCCAAGGGAUCUUUAACAGCCAUCGUCGGAGCGAUCGGUUCUGGAAAGUCUAGUUUGCUGCAAGGUCUUAUGGGAGAAAUGAGACGAAUUACUGGUUCGGUGACUUUUUCGGGUUCAACUUCUCUUUGUGCGCAAACCCCAUGGAUUCAAAAUGCUACUGUUCGAGAAAACAUCCUAUUUGGUCAACCAUGGGACGAGGAGCGCUAUUGGGCGGCAAUCCGUGAUUCAAGCCUUGAAGCUGACCUUGAACUUCUCGAAGAUGGUGACGGCACUGAAAUCGGUGAGAAGGGUAUCAACCUUUCUGGUGGUCAAAAGCAGCGUGUCAACAUUGCGCGAGCCAUCUACUACAACGCGGACAUCAUUGCUUUGGACGAUCCGCUUUCUGCCUUAGAUGCCGGUGUUGGCAAGGCCGUCUUCUUCAAUGCUAUCCUCAACGCUCUUUCAGGCAAAACUCGUGUUCUCGUCACUCAUGCCCUCCAUUUAUUGCCUUAUGUAGACAACAUCAUUAUGAUGGAAGACGGAAAGAUCGGUGAGGUCGGUACUUAUCAGGAACUGAAGGAACGGAACGGAGCGUUUGCCAAGUUGAUCAAAGAAUUUGGUAACGAGGAAUUGGCCGAGGAGAAGAUGGAGAAUGAGGAAGAGGCUAUUGAGAACUCUGGUCCCACUGCCAUUCAUGACCGAGCCAACAUGAUGUCCAAGGGCAGUGCUCAUACUCUGAUGCAGACCGAAGAACGUAAUGUUGGUGCCCUCAAAAAAGGCACCUUUUUCGACUAUCUUAAGGCCGGUAAGGGUGUCGUUAUGUUACCCUUACUUCUCUUUUGUAUCACUGUAGCCCAAUCUUUCUACGUCAUCACCUCAUUCUGGUUGGUAUGGUGGGAAGAGACCAAAUGGCCACAGCCGAACGGAUUUUACAUGGGUAUCUAUGCUGGCUUGGGUGUCGGACUUGCUAUUUCCCUGUUCUUACAGGGUUUCAGUAACGCUUUGAUUAAUUACUUCGCCUCAGUCAACAUUCACCACAACGCCAUCUCCCGUGUCAUGCUCGCUCCACAAACCUUCUUUGACACUACUCCUCUUGGUCGUAUCAUGAACCGAUUCAGCAAAGACACCGACACUAUCGAUAAUACUCUUUCCGACGCCAUGCGUAUGGCUAUCUCCACAUUGGCCAACAUUGUAGGCUCUGUUAUCCUUCUUGCCAUCAUUGAGCCGUAUUUCCUCAUCGCUAUGGCUGUUGUUUCGCUUUUGUAUCUUCACAACGCCAUGUUCUACCGGCGCAGUUCACGAGAAUUCAAGCGAAUUGAUUCCAUCCUCCGAUCUAGUCUCUAUUCUCACUUCUCUGAGUCGCUCUCAGGCGUUGCUACCAUUCGUUCGUACGGUGAAACAGAGAGGUUCUUUGAAGACAACAUUCACCGUGUCGAUAUAGAGAACCGCGCCUACUACCUUACUAUCGUCAACCAGCGAUGGCUCGGUCUUCGACUCGAUUUCCUAGGAUCACUCCUUUCCUUCUCUGUUGCUAUUAUCGUGGUUUGCUCUUCCUCGGUUUCCGCUUCAAGCGGUGGCCUUGGUCUUUCGACCAUCGUCUCUGUUCAACAAGCUUUCUCAUGGCUUGUUCGUCAAGUUGCGGAGGUUGAAAAUGACAUGGUUGGUGCCGAGCGUAUAAUGCACUACGCCAAUGAACUCGAGCAAGAGUCCCCUCACCAAAUUGAAGGCACUAAACCUCCACCUUCCUGGCCGUCAGAAGGUAUUAUCGAGUUCAAGGACGUCCGUAUGAGGUAUCGACCGGAGCUCCCAGACGUCCUCAAGGGCCUUACACUGAAUGUGGGCGCUUCUGAAAAGAUCGGCGUGGUGGGCAGAACUGGUGCAGGAAAGAGUUCAAUCAUGGUUGCUCUCUUCCGGAUGUCCGAGUUAUCCCAUGGCUUCAUCAAGAUCGACGGCGUGGACGUGUCUAAGAUCGGUUUAAAUGAUCUUCGAUCUGGCAUCUCUAUCAUUCCUCAAGAACCUCUUCUGUUCAGCGGCACGCUCAGAUCCAACAUUGAUCCUUUCAACACCAAGACUGACGCCGAGCUCUAUGACACUCUCCGUCGUUCCCAUCUCAUUGGAUCCUCCGACUCUUCUCACAACUCAGAUUCUCAAAACAGGUUUAACCUCGACACCGUUAUUGAAGAGGAGGGUGGGAAUCUUUCUGUUGGUGAACGUUCCCUUGUAUCCUUAGCGCGUGCUUUGGUGAGAAACACUAAGGUUCUAGUUUUGGAUGAGGCUACAGCAAGUGUGGAUUUGGAGACGGAUGCGAAGAUCCAGGAGACUAUCAGACAAGAGUUCAAGGACAGGACGUUGUUGUGUAUCGCACACAGGUUGAAGACGAUUUUGGCUUAUGACAGAAUUCUUGUUAUGAGUGAUGGGCAAGUGGCUGAAUUCGAUACUCCCGAGAGUCUUUUCUUGAGUGACGGUAUCUUCACAGAAAUGUGCUCGAAAGCCAGCAUCACCUUGGCUGAUAUCAAGGCUGCAGCUGCUUUGCGCUUUUAAUAUGCUAAUUGAUAACUAUACAAAACAAGUUAUGAGGUGCUCUAUAUAAUUCAAAUAUUGUAUCAAUAUGUUUACAGGUACGAUGAUCAUCGGAAAUCAUUGGGAAUAUUGGAUAUCUGCAUAUAAUCUCUCAUCUUUGCAUGCAGCGCGUACCUA